CAUACUCUUCACCGCAUAUACACCUAUAAUGUGUACGGUUUAUAUUAAAAGCCAUUUUAUAUGUAAAUAGUCAUAAGACAGAAACUGAGGCUCACGGUAACGUCUAUUCUCUGUUAUUCCUAUCAACAGACAACACAUGCCACAGAAGUUAAAACACAUCGACCGUUUGGAAUAGUCAGUCUAUACAUUCUAAAGUUUGCAAAAUGGGCUCCAAAUUCCCGCUACUUAUACUAGUAGGGCCCUCUGGAGUCGGAAAAACAACGAUACACAAACGGAUUGUCCAAGACUUCCCAAACAUCUUCGAAUUCAGCGUAAGCUACACUAGCAGACCAAUAAGAAAGGGAGAAAAACACGGUGUAAACUACUACUUUGUAUCGAAUGAAGAAUUCGACCAAAUGAAACUCAAUGGAGAUUUCCUGGAACACGCCUCCUACGUUGGAUCACAAUACGGUACAUCCAUCAAGGAAAUUGAGAGGAUACGAGAAAGAGGGAAAAUACCACUCCUGGAAAUCGAAAUACAGGGGUUCAAAGUGCUACAUGACAAAGGACUGGACAUGAAAAGCGUAUUUAUCACAAUAUCCGAUUUAAAUCUGUUGAGACAAAGACUUACAGAUAGAGGACUCGACUCUGAAGAAGUUAUUCUCAGAAGACUAAACAGAGCCAGACAAGAAAUCGUAGAGUCAGAAACAUUCCCAUUCAACUAUAAAUUUGAAAAUGCCGAUCUAGAGGCAGCGUACAAGAGUCUGUGUCUCAAACUUGUGGAAUGGUAUCCGCAUAUCAAAAUAUAG